GGGAGCCACUACGGUGAUACCAAGUAGGUACCCAAUCAACCCUAUUUGUACUACUCUAUAUAUACCUAGGCUAUCUUCAUAGCGCUAUACCAGAGAUAAUACAGUAUAGAUUGCAACUUCCUUUCCAAAUUCUAAGCCCUACAAAAAAAAGAGAAAGUUGAUUAGUUCAGCUCCAACUUUUCCAAUUCUCUCCAGCUUCGACUUACUCGAAUCUGCACUACACUGCAAUGCGCUGGGCGUCACAACUCGCCCCCUCAUGCUCCUACGACAGCUCCACAGGCCAUCUUCACGAUUGGUAGCCGUAGCAGCAUGGCGAUUAUCCCAUACGGCGUUGCUGCACGGUAGCACCACCAGUCCACCAAACCCCUCCACCUCCUCCCCAACACCCCCCCAGACCAACAGGGACAGCGACGGCGACAGCAACAGCAACAGCAACAGCAACAGCAACAGCAACAGCAACAGCAACAGCAACAACCAAGAUGACGCACCACAACCCGGACGCCCACGCCCACGCCGACGCCCCUCCCUCUUCGCGCUGCUCUUCCCCGACGAAGCCAAAGCCCUCGGCAAAGACACCCCUCCCAAACCCUCCUGGGCCUCGCAUCUCCUAGACGACCCCCCGCAGCCCUCCCCUGACACCGACCCCAACGACGCCGACGCCGACGCCGACGCCGACAGGAAGUCCGGCGACGUGCCCCUGCGCGCGAAGAGCAUGCUCAUCCUCUCCGCCGCGAGCAAGCACCUCGCCGAGAGCGACUUCCUGCGUCUCGGGCCCCAGGGCGCCCACGUCGAGGGCUGGGUCGGCGGCAUCUCGCGCGUCAUCCAGGCCCGCGACCCGGACACCCUGCAGCCGCUGGGCCACUACUUCGUGCUGUUCGACCGGGAGGCGGCGGCUGCCGCGUACUGCGACGAGGUCGAACGCCUGUGGCAGCUGGGCAAGGCCCACGUGCCGGGCGCGCAUCACAGGAAAGGGCCGUCCCCCGCGGUACCCGCGCCCCCGGGCCUGCCGUCCGCAGAUGGCAGCGGUCGCGACGUAGCGGCCGACCUGGCGGCGUUCACCCUGGUGCCGCCGAGCCAGCGGUACUACCUCGACGUGUCGAGCGGGUUCAGCCGCGUGCGGAUCGAGGAGCUGGAUAUAGGCGGCGUCGCGUUCGUCGACCGGCUGGCCGACCGCGCCGGGUCCAAGCACCUGGUUCUUGUUUCCGUGGACGGGGGACGCAUAUCGCUUGAUUGGCUGCGGCAGGCCAUCGAGGAGGACGGCAAGGAUCGGAAUCUGCCGUGGCGAGUGACGGAUCUCGAGAACGGUAUCCUGCCCUUUGGGAAAAGCAUCCUCAAGCAGGAGGAUAAGGACGCUCAUGACUUCGAGCAAAUUCUUCGGGACCAGGCUGCACGGGUAGCGGGGGGUGAAGAUGGGGCUAGUGGUGAAGGGGACGUGGAAGGGCAAGGGGUUGAGGCUAAGGAGUCGAGCAUAGCAGACGAUAGGGGGUAUCGCCGGUAUCCCCGCUUCAUCAUUCCGUUCGUGGAUAAUGCCGAGGCGCACCGCUUCGUGAGGUAUUGGCACCGGCGGCAAUUCAAGAUACGUAUGGACUUCGAGGGGGAUAAACCGGCAACGUGGGACGAGACUAGGAUACUCAAUACCUCAGUACUGUGGUGAUGAGUACAUACAUACAUACAUAUACAUUCCACUUAAGCCAGCCAGCCAGCAGUCAUGUUUCACGGCCCUAUUUUACGUACUUAGAAGUACUUCAGCCUUCAUUAGUGACAUAUCAUUCUACGCAAUACUAAAUAGAAGAGCGAAUGGCCUAAUACAGGCAUCAAGGCUUUUCGUAACGUAUAUACUUGAUCAGAAAGAAGAACCGACGAUGACUGGAAAAUGUAUUAGACCCAUAUCAACCAAACUCCGCCAAUAUAGUAUCGCCCUCACUUAAGCCCCCCAGGCCUCAUUCUUCCUAUGUAGUUGUGUGUGUUGUGUGUGUGUGUGUGUCAUGUGUGGCUCUGAAUGUCUAUCGUGAAGCAA